GCUUUUGUUUGCCGAAUUAGCACAAUAAAAUUAAUUACCAAAUAUUUACGUCUGAUGUUGUUUGGCUUUUCUUACGUCGAGCUACUGUACCAUCAAAGCCGUUAUCACGAGAGUAAAACAUACAAAUUAACACUUUUUACUUGCUAAAGAAACCGCAAACCAUCACGUGAACUACAGCAUAAAAUUUUUUCAGUUGUGGAAAAUGUUUCCGAUUUUCGCAUUACUCCGACUCCGUCAUUAUGUGUAAUUACAACGGACAUGAAAUGAAUUUUAAUUGUUUUGUCAUCGAUACAUCUGAGAAAUAAGCGUAAGAAAACGCAAUUACUGUGAUACCUUUCUAGUGUUGCUAGUGUAGUAAAAUAGUUAGAAAAAAUGCUUAAAACUUUUGAAGAGAUUCCGAUCAUUGUAGUGGACCCACCACCGAUGGAACCUCGGAAUAUUACGCAAGAAACGUCCCUAAACAUCGAAGAAAAGGAUGAGGAAAAAACGGGCGAGCCGGAAAGAAGACUAUCACUGAGGAGGAACAGCAUUUCGCUGCCGAAUUUGGAUGAUCUCCAAGUGCUCAAGCAGCACGUUCAGAUCGCUAAUGAUGGGGACGAGGACACGGACAGCGAUUACGAGCUCCCGCCAACCAGUAGGACUCCUCUACGUAAUGCUAGACGGAAGUCCGUCACAAGUCCCAGAAUGCUCAAACCGCCAGUCGACGAUGAAUCCGGAAGUAAUUCCCCAGCAAACUCAAUCACCUCGAUCAAUUCUUUGGCGAGUUUGCUCCGCGAAAAAAUGCAGAUGCUUCCAGCAACUCUCCGCAAAAAGAAAACCCACGACUACAAAACCCGCAUUUUUGUCGCCCUCCUGUUCAUAACAAUCGUCGUGCUCAUCUUUUGCGCCUAUUUCCUCUACCACCAAAAAGUCCUCCAGAAAGCGUACUUCCAAAAAAUCAAGUUCAAUAAAAUCAAGCGUUUGAUGAAAAUCUACAACACGGACGGGGUCGAGAUCAUUCGGGCCCGUCUAGGGACGACCAUCAAAUACGACAAGGCUUUACCAUGCCUGCCAGUGGACGAGAGACACGAUGGUAGUAUUUGCUUCGAAUGGAUGGGCAAUGCGCGGUUGUACCUCCAGUACUAUCAGCUCAACCCCGAAGUCAGGUGUUACAACUUGCAAUGGAUUGCGCUAAAUGAUGGUAUGGCGCCCACUGAUUGUUUCAGUCUAGUGGACGACCAUUGGUACGGCGGGGGGCAAACGGCAGAGUCGGCCUGGCCCCUAGAGAAGGGCAACCAUGAUUUUGCCCCGUUUAUCACAGGAACGGUCGACAAGCACGAAUAUGGCAAUGUUCUGAAGCGCUAUUUUAUCAGUGCCAAAGGGGUGGCUGUGCUAGUUGACGCCAAAACGCCCCUCCAGGUCUCAAUUUCAAGCACCGAAAGCAAGGAAUUGUGUCUCAGGGCGAAGUACGACGACUUCGCUUAUGUCAAUCGGUUGACGAAGACGGCACACUUGAACUACAGCAUUUGCACUAGUUCGGACAUGACCAAGCUUCACUCAAACUUGGUGGAAAACGCCCUCUGGGACGGCCUAAAACUUGAGGACAUGAACGUCGUGAACUCGCUCCUGACCGAGCCUUUGUGGGAAAUCACUGCGUCGAGUAAAAGCGAACUGACCGAAGAGACCAUCUCGAAUUACACGGACAAUGUCAUAGCUUUAGGUUUUUUGAAACAAGGCCAUGUUCUGAUCAAUGAAUUUUGGCAAAAAAGCGUCGGUGAUUUUGAAGUUGAUUCUGAGCGUUUCCCGGGCCUUGAAGAGGUCAUAACUGUGAUGCACCGUCGAGGUUUCAGAAUCGUGUUCUCCAUACAACCCUUUAUCUCAACUGAAAGUUUCAAUUUCGGCGAAGCCGUGAAAAAACGUCUGCUGGUGUCGGAGCGUUUCAGCGACCGGAGAAUUCCAGCCUUGACUCGGUACAAAUCCUCACAAAGCGCCGGGGUUUUAGACCCAACUAACAACAAAACUAUCCCUUGGCUCUUGGCCAAGUUAAAAUCAGUGGUCGCGAAAUACAAAUUCGACGCUUAUUAUCUCGAUCUGGGCAUUGCCUACAACAUGCCCCACUAUUACCAGUGCGAGAAGCCUUUGAUCAACCCCGACCAGUAUAAAACUUAUUUCAUUAACAACCUGCAAAGUAGCGUGAGCUUGUUUGGGGUUAACAGCGCCGUUGAGCGCCCCAAAGCCCCAACUUUCGUCUCGUUGCCUCAAUUUGAGUCGUCAUGGGACGGUUUAAGGAGAGUCAUUCCCACCAUUCUCACUUACGGUCUCCUGGGCUAUCCUUUCCUGAUCCCAGGGGCCGUCGGGGGUGACGUCGAGUCCCCAGACACGGUCUUUUAUGCUAAUUACAGUUCGGAACUUCUUCCGGAUAAAGAAUUGUACGUCCGGUGGCUGCAACUAGCGACUUUUCUCCCAGUUAUCCGCUUUACUCAUUUACCGAGUACGUUCGGAGACGAUGUUAUGGACAUGGCGAAGAUUUUGACUUCUCUGAGGCAAACUAAAGUCACGCCUUUGUUGAAAAAGUACGCAAAGACGUCGCUUGAUACGGGGUUGCCGCUGAUAAGGCCCUUGUGGAUGUUGGAGUAUAAUGAUACAGCGUGUCACGUGGUUGCUGAUGAGUUUUCGAUCGGAGAGGAUUUGAUUGUGGCCCCAGUUUUGUAUUCGGGGGCAAGAGAACGGGAGAUUUAUCUACCGGCAGGUGUCUGGAAGGAUGGGAUUGAUAACAGUCUAAGGAAGGGCAGCCGGUGGAUCCACGACUACAAAGUGGAACAAAACGAAAUUGCGUAUUUUGAAAAAAUGCCCGAUAAUACAAGAUUCUGAUUCAGUAUUAUGUAGUGUUAGGAAAAACGCUUAUUUAAUGAAUAAAUAUUUAUGUUGAU